AUGUCUGACGAAACAAAUAUUCUGCAGGAUAAAGAGAACCAAAUUGGCCUCGUUACUACAUCUACCCUGCAGCCACCACCACCGUAUACAAUACUAACUAAGAAGGAAAAGUAUGCUAUUGCGGUGCUAAUAAGUGCCAGUUCCAUCUGGUCCACUCUUUCUUCGUCGAUCUAUUUCCCAGCAUUGACCAUAUUGUCUCACGACUUUGAUGUCUCCCCGGGAAUCAUCAACAUUUCCAUUGUUGCAUAUUUCAUAUUUCAAGGGAUAAGUCCGACGUUGUUGGCGACGGUUGCCGAUACCUAUGGAAGAAGACCGUGUGUGCUUCUAUGUCUUGUGUGCUAUACUGGUGUGUGUAUUGGUCUUUCGCAGAGUAAUGUGUACUGGCUUUUGGCAUUUCUUCGUUGUUUGCAAGCCGCUGCCAUUUCUCCCAUUAUUGCCGUCACAGCCGGUAUUUUAUCUGAUAUUACUACGAGAGCAGAUAGAGGAAGUUAUAUUGGUACUGUUAGUGGGAUUCAGUUGAUAGGACAGGGGUUUGGGGCAUUGGUUGGUGCCGGUGUUGUUUCGCGAUGGGGCUGGCAAGGUGUGUUUGUUUUGUUGGCUAUCGGGAGUGGGUUCAUGUUUAUUUGUUGUGUUGUAUUUCUUCCCGAAACUAACCGAUCCAUCGUGGGAAACAUGUCAGUGCCACCAAAGUACAUUUAUAACCAGAGCCCAGUGGUUCAUUUCCCGUGUUGUAGUCACCGCUUGACCAAUGAUGUGUCAACAUUGUCGCCACGUACAUCUGCCAACAUUUUUGCACCAUACAAGAUAUUCUUUAAACCUGCAGUGUUUUUCACGCUUUUGGCUGGUGGGUUUCAGUUUACCGCCUGGACUAUGAAUUUGACUACCCUUUCCACCAGUAUGCAAGUUGACUAUGGGUUUAGUGUGGUUCAUGUUGGAUUAUGUUACUUGGCUCCUGGUAUGGGAACUCUUGUAGGGUCAGUUGGGACCGGAAGACUUCUUGAUUAUACCUACCGUCGUCGAAAAACCGCUUACGACAGCACUUAUGGUCAUUUACCCAAGGAACAACAGCCACCAUUUGACUUGUUUGGCGCCAGAUUUCAAACAGCAAUAUUCACCUCGGUUAUCAUUGUGGUAUUUCUCAUUGUGUUUGGCUGGUGUAUUGAAAAACACACAAAUAUUGCACCAAUUUUGAUCUCGUCGUUUAUGAUCUCGCUCGCAGCUGUGAGUUUCAUGGGUUGUAUGAAUACGUUGUUGGUGGACUUGUUUCCUAACCAAGGAAGUGCCGCUACUUCCUGUUUGAACUUGAUGAGAUGCUUGUUGGGAGCAGCUGGUGUAGGUGCACUUCUGGCUAUGAUUGACGCCAUGGGCACUGGUGGAACCUAUACGUUGAUGUCGGGAUUCUGUAUCAUUUCGUUUUUGAUUCUUUCAUAUCUUUCACAACGGGCCAAGAAGAAGAGAGAGGCCAAGGUUAAUUUAAACUCAAUGGAUGAGAAGUCCAGUUGA